ACCCGAUGCCAACCAAUCACAGACGUUUGCGACCAUCCGCCAGCCAAUGGCCGGCACCGAUUACCGGCUACCGACCAAUCGGACGGACACUACCUAAAUUGGACCUUUCCUGGGGUGCUCCAUCAAAGCGAUCCUCUAAUUUCGUCCCCCAUUUAAAUAGAGCUCUGUAUCGUCAGUCAUCACUCGGGUUUGCCUGGCCCGAAACUGGUUGCUCUCGGCCAUGACCCGCCCCGCGUGCCUGUUGACGCUGCUGCUGCCAGCGCUGUGCGCCCUGACCAGCGCGCAGAUGGACAACCGACAACGGCAAGAGAUGCUGGCGAGGGGUAGGAUGCAGCAGCAGCUGCACCGCGUGCUGCCUGACCACCAACAGCCGAAGUUUGACUCUGACGACGGGGGCGACCACUAUCCGGCCCGCACCAGCGACCACUACUGCAAGCUGUUCGGAGGGCAUUCGCUGUGUCGGGUGCCGCACACCCGACAGAGCUGUGGCUUCGUGCGCCGCCGCCGGCUCUCUGUGGAUGAGAGCGCCGCCAUGUUACACAGGCACAACAUGGAGCGCAUGCUGGUGGCCCAGGGCCGGCGGCGCGGUCGGAAUGGACAGACCCUGCCCAAGGCCGCCAACAUGAUGCAAAUGAGCUACGACCUGGAGCUUCAUGACAUCGCCCAGGGCGCUGCCGACCGAUGUUUGGGAGGUCACGACUGCUUCCCAUGCCGCCGAGCCGCAUCAGGAAUAUAUCCUGGGCAAAACUUCGCCGGGUCUACGAGGCCUGUUUCCCCACGAGAAGGCCUGCUCGAUAUCAAUCUGCCCCCAAUGGACCAGGCAGGCGGCUGGUUUGAGGAAGUCCAUCUUCUCAGCCCUUCAGAGGUCCACAGUUUCCAAGGAGGUCAUGGCGCUGGUCACUACACCCAAGUGAUCUGGGCAGUAGCGGAUCAGCUUGGAUGUGGCUGGAUAGAGCACAAGGACGGAGGAGCUCUCUCGGUCAAACUGUUUUGCAACUACGGACCCACGGGUAAUGGUCUCGACCGACCCGUGUAUCAAGCCGGUGAGCCGUGCUCGGCCUGCCCGCGUGGAACCACGUGCUCCACGGAAUACCCGGGCCUCUGCAAGCGGCUGUGAGCCGCCGAGCACGGCUCGCCAGCAACUGUCCCUUAACUUUCCUGGUUCUUUGUUUUGUUGCGGUUCUCGUACUGCUUUUAAUUGUCUUAAAAAUUGUUUCUUGUAAAAUAAAAUGGCGUAUGUA